AUGAUCUCGCUUCUUGACGAUAUUCUUGGCCGUGGGAUGAUAUUCUCGGUUUAUCGGCAACGAGGAGAUGAUUCGCCAGAGUUGCUCCGUUAUAUUAUCAUGAGUUUCAUCCUCGCGGGACGAGACACAACUUCCUCUGCUCUGAGCUGGUUCUUUUGGUUACUGUCUCUACAUCCUGAGGUGGAACAUAAGAUUCUCCAAGAGAUGAAAUCGAUCCGAGAGCGAACGAGGAAGCGAAUCGGGGAAAGUCUCUAA